UGUUAUCGAGAAUCACUUCACCCUCGUUACUAUAUACACAAAGGACAUUUCAAUCAUUCCAUUAGUUGUCUUUAAUCAAAACUCAGUAACGCAUGCAAUCUUGUACUCUUAAUCAUGCGCUUUUGGGUAACUCCAAUAACCGUCUUUGGGGCAAUUAUUGUGACACAGAUUUGUUUAGCGAAAAAUAUUAAACAAAUUGAAAAAUCGUCUUACUCGCUUAUUGAAGAACAAGACAAUGAAAAUUCUACGUUAAUAACCGUACCCGAUGCAUUUGAUGUAGAAGUAUCAGAGUCAUCGUCAUUGGAAAUAACUACAGAAACAAUACCAGACACAACAAUACUCAUCGAUACCUUUAGUACGACAACAUUCGAACAAAAUGAUACCUUUAAAAAUAGUUGGGUGCAAAAAAUUAAACAAAGACGUUUAUUUCAAUCACGUGAACAAUUUACUUCAAGAGGUACCGGAAAUAGUCCACUAUGGUUCGGACAAAUUGUAUCGAAAUUUCUAUACGGUGAAUGGUCAUUAGUAGACAUCAAUGCAAAUUGUGCAAAAGAUUUGAUAACGUAUAAAGCUCACAUUAGAGAAUCUAAAAUAUGGGCCAUAAAAAUGUUAGAUUCUUCAGCUAAAGGUCCUGAUGGUUUAUUAACGGGAAAUACAGCUAGUUUUGGAAAUUUUGAACAGUGUUUGAGUGCUACUUCUAAAAGUACUGGAAUUAGCGGUGGAUAUACUUUAGUAGACAUAGAUUUUCGACCAUUUAAAAAUAUUUACCCAAAAUUUUACGAUAACGAUCAUUCUAAAGACUAUGACGUUUUUAUUGAUAAUGAUGAAUCUAUUUGGGAAGUUAUAAAGCACAGAGUACAACCUGACUAUAUACAAAGACAUCAUUAUCAAUGGGCUAUAUGUCUACCGAAUACUUGUAAACCAAACGACGUUCAAAAUAUAGUAACCAAUACCCUAAUACCUCAAUUAAAACACUAUGGAAUGGAAGGAAAUGUCAGUGUAGAUCCAACUUUACAUACUUCUAAAUUAACUCUUCGUGAAUAUACAGUAGGAUUUUAUUUGACCUGUGUUUUUUUUCUAAUUUUGGUGAGUAUGGUAUUUCUUGGAACUUGGUACGAUUUUCUAUUUUUAUACUACAAACCAAAAUCUGAGCAUGGAUCUUUAAAAAAAAUCAUGAAGCCAUUUUCUUUGAUAUCGAAUUUGGACAGACUUAUGAAACCUUCCCAAUCUGAUGAAUUUUCAAUAAUGAAUGGAUUUAAAUUUUUGUGCAUAUUACAAGUAAUACACGGACAUAGAAAUAUAAGAGAAUUUGGAAAUCCUCAAAUGAAUAAUGACUUUAACUAUUGGAUGUUACACAAUUUUUUUACCAGCGUUUUUAAAUGUGUCAACUUUUUGGAAACAUUUUUUGUUAUAAGUGGAUUUUUAACUUAUAACUUGCUUAUGAAACAAUUAGCUUCAAAAAAGCGAUUAGAUUUCAUUCCAAUUAUGAUUUAUCGAUGGUUAAGGAUAUUUCCCGUGUAUGGAGCCCUUCUACUUACUUACAUUUUUCUACUACCAUACUCAAAUAAUGGCCCUUAUUGGCAGAACAUAGUUUAUAAAGAGUCAGAUAGAUGUAAAAAUAACUGGUGGACCAAUUUAUUAUUUAUUAACAAUUAUGUCAACACAGAAAAUUCGUGUACAAUCAAUGCUUGGUAUUUGGCGUGUGACAUGCAUUUCUUCAUAAUUGGUGUAUUGUUGACUUACGCAAUUUGGAAAUGGAAAACAUUGGGCAUAUGGGUUCUUUAUACUUGUUUAGGAAUGUCUACAAUUUUACCCGGAUAUUUGAUUUAUACCCAUAAAUACAUUGCAGUUGCUCCCCUUGAUGCAACGAGUCUCAAAGAUUUAGCAAGUACGUCAUAUUAUAGAGAUAUCUAUAUUAAAAGUCAUAUGAGAGCUAUGCCAUAUUUUAUAGGAAUGGUUGCUGCUUAUAUUUAUGAAAAAUUAAAAGAAUCUAGAUACAAAUUUCCAUUGAAAACAAGAAUUUUUUGGCUAUCAACCUGUUUUAUAGCUGGAUUUAUGGUAUAUUUAUCUCCAUCCUUAUUCUUUGUCUUUGACUUUAGUCGACCUUAUUCAUCAUUUGAGCAUGCUAUGUUCUUUACUAUACCUCGACUAGUAUUAUCUUUAGCUAUAUCUUAUGCAAUUAUUGUACACGGAAUAUCUAACACAGGAGUAUUCCUUAGCGGCUUUUUAGGCCACAGAUCUUUUCAAGUUCUAGCAAAAUUAGUAUUUUGUAUAUACGUCUUUCAAGAAAUAAUUCAAAUACAGACGGUAGCAUCAAUGAAGACACCAAUUUAUCAAGACUUUACAACACUUGGAUUCAAGUUUGGUGGAGAUUUAUUUAUGGCCAUAAUCUAUGCUUUUAUUGUUAACGUUACAAUUGAAUCUCCUUGUGACAGACUUCAAAAGAAUGUGAUGAAACUAUUUAAUGGAGAAUUGUUUAUCAAAAAUAAAACGGAAUCAUCCAGUAUUCAAAAAGUAGUUACACUGAGAGAAAUGAGAUCUUAGAAACUUGACUGAAAUUUUAUUUAUUUUAAUAGAUACAACAGUAAAUUAUCGUUUAUACAAUUAUGUAUUUACAAAAUAUGAUUAGAAAUCAUAAUGUAAAUUGUAUUUUAACACUGUUAAAACGUAAUUAAAUAAUCAUUGAUAUUUUAAACUUAAUUAUUUUUUAAAGGAUUUAUGGCAUGAUAAAAUAGUUUUUUUGAUUAAGCUUAAAAUUGCUGUACUUUUAUUGAAGAAAUUCAUAAAUUAUAAAUAGGUAAUAUCAAUGAAGCUUAAUUAAAUAUUAAAAAUUGUCAAAAUAAAAAAAUUAAACCUCUUACCAGGAGGUAAAUGUGUUGUUCAUUUCUAUAAAAGUUCCAAAUAAAUCUAUUAUAGCAUAUAAAUUAAAAAUUUUAAAAUACUUAAGUCAUGUAGUGUGACGUAAAUAAGGGGAAUCUGGAGAGUACUGCUGCAUUAGAACCUUAAAUUUUAAUAUGUGCCCUUACACGAGGCCGCGCACUUAAGGAGCCUCAUAAAUUUAGUUGAUAACUAAAGAAUAAAGGUUCUUUUUUACUAAAAAUAUAAAAAGCCCUUCAAAAAUAUUUCGCGCAAGGCGAAAUAUGGCUACCCGUUACUUCUAUCACUAGCCCUGUUACAAUCGAUUAGAAAGGUGCCUUUUAUGUUUUGUACUGUAGGGCCAAUUUUUUACACUUACUCUACUUGUGGUAUAGAUAUAAGCUUAGUUCAAAGUAGGUAAAGUGAAUUUCACUUUUUUUAAGAAGAGCAAAUUGAAACAAAAAUUAUUGUUGAUUUUAAUACAAUAUCUACUGGUGUCUUAAAUAUUAAGUUUUUACUUUGAAAAAUAAAU